AUGAGUCAGCCGUCUGCCAAACUCUGCGCCGAGUGUUUCUCGGGCUCCUUGCGGUCGUCCCGGGCACUGCGGGGCGUUCGUGUUGCUCGUGUUGCUCGUGAGAGAACAAACAACGCCGCUCAGCGGAGGGGAAUCUCCUCUGCGGCUGCACGUCGGGAUCGUUCCUCGUCACUCACCUUUUCUACGGGCAGAUUUGCUGGUGACCAGUUGCCAUUGCGAUCGACGCAGAGAGUUCGGAGCUUGGCUACUACUAGUGAUGCGACAGUAAAGGCGGCGCAAAUGGAGAAGAAGGUGUCUGGACCCCCGCAGGAUGGACCGAUGAAGGAGUAUGAUGACCGGGUGCAGGAGGGUCGGUUGCGAGAUGAUCCGUAUCAAAGAGCAAUUAUCCAGAACCUGCAGAACCUAUUCGAGGCUCUAAAAGAAUAUACUCCGCCCGCAGUCAUUCAUCCCACCGUCGAGUCGUUGGACCCCGAACCUGAACCGUCUUUCUUUGCCUCGUUGUUCAGCCGCGGUGGCAAAGAAGCACCAAAAUCGGCGAUUCCCGAGUCCCUUCCCAAGGGCCUGUAUAUGUUUGGCGAUGUUGGGUGUGGAAAGACCAUGCUUAUGGAUCUUUUCUUUGAUACGUUGCCUCCCAAUAUUACGACCAAGACCCGCAUCCAUUUCCACAACUUCAUGCAAGAUGUACAUAAGCGCAUGCACGUUGUCAAGAUGAAGUAUGGUAACGAAUUUGAUGCAUUGCCUAUGGUUGCUGCAGAUAUCGCCGAGACUGCUAGCGUGCUUUGCUUUGACGAGUUCCAGUGCACUGAUGUCGCCGAUGCGAUGAUAUUGCGGAGACUCUUGGAGAUCCUUAUGUCCCACGGUGUUGCCGUCAUCACCACCUCCAAUCGUCAUCCUGAUGACCUGUACAAAAACGGCAUCCAGCGCCAAUCAUUUAUUCCCUGCAUCAACCUCCUCAAAAGCCAAUUGAAUGUGAUUAACCUCAACUCCCCAACGGACUACCGCAAAAUCCCUCGCCCCCCAGCCGCAGUCUACCACCACCCUCUUGGCUCAGACGCAGAGGCCCACGCUCAAAAAUGGUUCGACUACCUAGGCGACCCAAUCAACGACCCACCCCACCCAGCAACCCAAGUAGUCUGGGGCCGCACAAUCCAAGUCCCCCUAGCAAGCGGCAAAGCCGCCAAAUUCACCUUCAAUCAGCUCAUCGGCUCAGCCACCGGUGCAGCAGACUACCUCGAGCUAGUCCGCCACUACAACGGCUUCAUCAUCACCGAUGUACCAGGCAUGAACCUCAACCAGCGCGAUCUAGCCCGCCGCUUCAUUACCUUUAUUGACGCAGUAUAUGAAAGUCGUGCGAAGCUCGUUCUUACAACCGAAGUUCCACUUACGAACCUCUUCCUCUCUGCGGAUGAUAUUAAGGAUUCGAUGAAGGCUGGGGACCAUUCUGAUCUGUCAGAUGCUAUGCGCAACCUCAUGGACGAUUUGGGUAUGUCUGUACAAGCGCUUAAGAACACGUCUAUUUUCAGUGGUGAUGAGGAGCGGUUUGCGUUUGCGCGUGCGUUGUCCAGACUUUCGGAGAUGGGCAGUAAGGAGUGGGUUGAGCGGGGAAUGGGCGUUGGAAUGGAUGAGCAGGGGAGCAAGGAGGAUCGGGAAGCUUGGUUGAAGACUCGGAGUCAUUGGAGUGAGGAUAACAUGUAG